AUGGCGAUUAUCCGAAAAUCAUCAUCAAACAAAGCACUGCUACUGCCUCAAACGACAGCCAUAAAGCAAAUUCUCAAAAGGUGCUCAAGUUUCGGGAAGAAAAACAUUGGCUACAAUGGUGGUCUUCCCGAUGAUGUUCCGAAAGGGCAUUUCGCUGUGUAUGUAGGCGAAAAUAGAAGCCGAUACAUCAUCCCGAUCUCUUGGUUGGGCCACCCGGAGUUUCAGAGCCUGCUGCAGAGGGCUGAGGAGGAGUUCGGGUUUGGCCAUUACAUGGGUUUGACGAUUCCAUGCGAAGAAGUCGUCUUUCGCUCCUUGAUAGAUCAGUAUUGUUGA